UCGACUGGUACUGCGACUGCGAACUAACGCGACUCUGGCACGGCUGAGUGUUCUUUAAAGUCCAUGGUUGGCGAUGCUGCCCCACAAUUCGACCAGCACACAUGCUGCGGCGUCGUUCAGGAAGCCACUUAUCGUGCCAGGGAGAAACGGGAACAGAAGACUAAGCAGCCGUGGAUUGUCCGCAAGCUCGCCGUCGGUAUCGCGGUUGGAAUCCUGGCGUACGCGACGUACGUGUACAUUGGACGCUUCUGCGUCCCGAUGAUCACAAGAGCCCGAGGGGCAUUGGGCAGCCGUUCGAUGGGAAUCGGAUUCCUGGUCGUAUUCUGCAUCUUUGCCAUGAUGACUUACUGGUCCUACUUGAAGGUCAUCCUCACGCCGCCCGGCUUUGCUAAAGAUCACGUCUCCCCUUCACCCGAGCCGCAACCCUCAACCACCGCACGAUUUGACGAUUCGUGGGAAGAGGGAAUGGGUGGAUUUCAAUACGAAGGCGCCUCAUACUCUGCGGACGAACCACCACAAAACACGCCGCAACCCCCCGCUGCAGCGAGUCAUGAUGUUGAGAAACGAAAUGGCGGUGUCAUGAGGGCUAAUGGCUCUACACAUCCGGUGGAGAAUGCACAAAUAGAGGACAACCCCAACACCGGUGACCUCGACGCUAUCCCACCCGUAGCGGCUGCCAAAGCCGCUAUUGAUCCCACCCUCGACGCCGCUGCACCUGCACACCCGCGUUCUGUUCCCGAGGUUGAUGGCCCCUCACGGCCGAGCAACCCGCCCAGAGUUAAGUCUGAGUCUAGUCGGGCUGGUACGUCUGCGCCGAAGAGGAGGCCUCCUACCACGCCGGUCCUCCUCCCUGAGUAUCGGUAUUGCUACAAGGAGAAGUUCGUCAAGCCGUUACGGGCACAUCAUUGUCGCUCAUGUGGGACAUGUAUACUACGCUUUGACCAUCAUUGUCCUUGGAUCGGUCAGUGUGUAGGAGCUCUGAACCACAGGUUCUUCUAUAUAUUCUGCGAAUGGGCGGCCGUUCUCUGUAUAUGGAUCUUCGCCACUCUUCUAGCGCAGAAUGUGAAGGCCGGGAACAGCUUGAACCCGUAUGAUUCGCCGGACGGGCAGCAAAUCGCCGUCAUCGCAUUGGCUGGCCUUUUUAUGAUGUUCACGCUCGCCAUGAUCGGGUCCCACACGCGCAUGAUUAUGUUCAACCAGACGACCGUGGAGCACCUUGGCGUGCAGCGGAUGAAGGAGCGCGAACGAGCCAUACUGGGAAAUGCGUUUGCCUGGUAUCAGAUCUCGGAGAAACGGCGCGUACGCAAGGAGUGGGACGAAGAAUGGGGAGAGCUCGGCAGGGAAGGCAAUCUGUGGUGGCUAGGCAGCUACCGCGCCAAUUGGGAAAGCGUGAUGGGGAGCAGCGUAUAUGAAUGGUUCUUACCUAUUGGAAAGGCUCCGACAAACGGCGUUGAGUUCCGCACGAAUCCUAGGUUUGACGAGCAAGGCAGAUGGAGGCCAAGAAGGGAGUGGCCGGAAGGUUUGAGGUAGCGGGUACUGCGGGUGGGACAUCCUGACGUAACUAGCUAUUAUUCUUAAAGACUGAAAAGAUCUUACAGGACACUGCACGAUUGUAUCACGAUAUAACGUAUGUAUUGGACUGGGACAUUGGUAUGAUACCUUUGUAAUAUCCUUGGUGUAGACGAGGUUGAGGGACCUGCUGAUAUAACUUUGCAAUUCGGAGAUGCGUUUGC